AUGGCCUACAACUCCAGUCUCUCUUUACCUGACUGUGCCAGCAUCACAGCUUCCACACCGUGCGCGCCGUGCUUCUUUGGCGGAAGGACAUCACUCCUCUCGUUCCCGUACACUCUCACAAGCACGGUGACAGUGACAGUGUAUCCCGUCUACACAGGCUAUCCGGGCAGCAGUACCUUCGUCUCGUACGAAACAGACUCGAUCACAGUGACAUUGUCUGAGGAUGGCAAGCCUAUACCGACCUUUGGCGCGGACUUGACGUGGGAGGUCGAUGGCGUGACACUCACAUCAGGCACGACCUAUGCAUCAUUCGCGAACUUCUCCGGGGCAGCCCCAGCGCAUACAAUCGCUCCAUACAACAGACGAGAUGCAGUUGUCAAGACAUCGACGAGCCGUGUCCUGCCGUACCAAUAUUAUCCGAGCACAGCACCUUCGGCAGGAAGCAGGCCAGGAAGCUUCAGCAACAAGACUUGUAUCGGCGUGACAGAUACCAAAAGUAUAACGCUGCCUGCUACAGUCGACCCCUCAUCCUUCAUAAUACCUAUUACGACAACCUCAGGAGCCGAAUCCCAGCUCACUUACGGUGUGCUUCCGUCCCAAGUCAUACAGUACCUCGAUGGCCUCAGCACAGUCCGCGAGCAAAUGAACGGCAGCACGCUCGAGACGUGCUCGCCAACGACAUAUCCGUCGGCGUCGCCUAUUGUUUGUACAUAUGUCACAACAAUUUCAUCACAAACCUCCUCCGCAACCUCAUCCUGCGCCACGACCACCAGGAACGGAACUCAGACGUCAAUGUGCACAGUCCCGGUGUAUAACCCGCCCCCAGGGCCCUAUCCGCCAAAAUCGCAGAAUCCAUCGACUGCGACGGUUACUGCGACACAGAAACCCCCUGUUCCGCCUCCUGCGCCGUAUUCGUCGUCGGUGGUCAGUAAAACUUCUGGACUUUCUAUUUUGACGGAGACGGGAACGAAUCGAUUGAGGUUGCCGACUGCCGGGGGAGGGCCUCCUUCGAGGGAGACGCAGGGGGAGAGUGUGGUUAAUCCUCCGGUCACGAAGCCGCCGUAUUCUGGGCCGACGGGAGGGGUGUCGCCGCCGGAUAGUGGACAUCCAAAGCCUGGAGAUGGACCUUCCCACGAUGAGCAGCCACAUGGUCAUGAUGGUGGACAAGGGACGCAGCCGGGGAAUGCGCCUCAUCAUAAUGAUCAGCCAUCUGAUGAUGGUGGUGGACAGAACUCACAGCCCGGUAAUGAGCCGCCGUCCAACAAUCAGCAUCCUGGUGAUCAAGGCGACACGCCAGUGAACGGCGCCACGAUACACUAUGGAACCUCGCCCUUCGAUCAAAACCCGCACGGCACCGCAAACACCUACAUCCCGCCCCUCAUCACGACUCAAGGCACGACGUACACCCCCAAACCAAUAAUCUACACAUCAUCAGGGAGAACAAUGACAUACUACGCCGCCCCAGCCAUCGCCACCAUCUCUGGCACGGCAGUGACCUACCACCCAAACCUCUACAUCGCCACCGAGAAUGGUGUGGCAGUAACAUAUUACCCUCCCGCCGCUGUGGAUUCAACCUCACGAAGGCCGCCCUCAUACCUCCCCAUCACGAUCCCGCCGACAGAGCAGGGCUGUACAGCAACAGUUACGGUGACAUAUUCACCCGUGAUGGCGGGGAACCUGACAGAAACAGGCACGAGAGGAGUGGGCGAUUAUAUCAAUACAGGCAUCGAUUCGGGAAAUGCUGGCGUUAGUUCGACAGCACCACCGCGGCAGACGAAUGCUGCGAGUAAGGACGAGGGAAUCAGUUGGGAGUUGGUGUUUUGGGCGGUGACGAGUGUUUUGGCGGGAUUGCAUUGGUGA